AUGGCCAGCUACAACGAGGUACUUCGGCUAGGCACCGACGUGUUUAGCAACGCUCUAGUCACCACUACUGCUGGCAAUGCAGCCACUCUCCCUCAACCCACCCUAGCAGAUGGGAUGCCCGACGCCGUUAUUGGCGUGGGCUGUUUUAAGAUCAAACUCGCCAAUGACGGAUACUCUCCUACCACACACAAGGCCAAGGAUCUUCCUCCACAGCACGGCAAGCGUGAAGGUCAUCGGUAUGCAUGUACCUGCGGCAAAACAUUCUCUCGAUCCGACUCCCUCAAGCGACACAUCACGUCGAAGUCCGCCGACAUCCCGAAGUAUCCAUGCGAACACUGUGACAAGCACCGGGGCGAGAGAGGGUUCCGCCGUCUCGACCACCUCUUCCAGCACCAUAAUCACUGCCCAGGGAAGACAGCUGUGGACGCAUUUACACAACCCGGUACCGCGUCAGGCCAGGCUGCCGCGACUUCGACCGCGGUCGUUAUCUCAGAAGUCCCUGCACCGGAGACUUCGGCUCUGUCGUAUGGUUGCCCUGAGCCGGGUUGCCCAAAGGAGCACCCGGAUGGCUUUGUUUACAAGGAAGACUUCGACAAUCACCUUACUAGGGACCAUGGCUAUGUCAUUAGAUAUACGCGGAGCGCGAGUUUGCAGCUGUAUGCUGUCCUCGCACCAUCAGGUCAGCCGGAGGCACGCUUCUGGUACGAUACGGAGAAGCAGACAUUUGUGCCCGCGGAAAUCCGCUACUAG